AUGCGCACUAAUACACCUCGCUCAACGUUUUUUUGUUUUCGCUCUUGCUACUGGGAAAACACAGGACAAGAUGACAAUGGCAGGCCUUAUAUUUAGUGUUUUAUGUCUUCUUUUUGCUUCAGCGUCAUGCACAGAAUCGCUGCCAAGGCAACUGAACACGGAAAACAUCCUGAUCAACGUGACAGCAGGGACACUGGCGGAUACAGAAUUACAAGAUUCAAACAACUUGCAGAUAAAUUUGAAUAUAUCCGUGGGCAAAGAGCAGGUGCUGGUCAAUGACAUCCCAGUGGAGCUAUCAGGGGUCACCAGGUUCAACUGCCAGGCUCUUCUCUUGGACAGCGUGAACGGGAGCAGUGACUUUGAAUCUGGGGACCUGGUAUCAACAGUCACCCGGGUGAUGGUCAACCAGAACCGGCUGUACAGUGACUCAGAGGAGGUUGUGGCUCUGCAGGUGUUCAGUGAAGUGAUAGAGAUGGAAGGCAAAGAGGUCCAGCAGCCUGACAUGUGCGAGGUAAAAAUACUGAUGAGCCCAGAUUUUCAAAAGCUGGCUCAGUUUACCAACAUCUACCCCAUUGGACACAGCGAGAUCUUCAGGGUCCCAAGGGAGAACGAUGUUGUCGUCACAGAUCCACCAAAUCCUGGAAAAGAUGAAGAACAGCUGAUGUCUCAGACCACCAGCCAGUACCCUCUUAAGCAAACAGAGACCACCCAGGAGGAGAUAGCAGCACCAGGAAAGCUCCCAGAGACUCCCCUUCGAAUGGAUCCAGACCUGCUGAAUGAAGUCGGUUAUGAUGAUGAAUUUGAGGAGAGAGAGUUGAGCCAGACGGACCAGAUUCAGAUGGAAUCUCCACCAAAAGAAUUUGUGUCAUCUUACUCUGCCAUGUGUCAGUGGGUGGAGCAGGUCAGAGAGCGUCUGAGGCGCUUCUGCUCCGAGUCUCUACCUCUAUUCUUCCUGGUCAUGUGGGUCGUGGUGAUCGGUGUGGUGGGAUCAGCGGUCAUCGUCAAGAUCUUGGAUGUGUUCUUCCCAGCAUGUGAACACAAGAAUAUUUUUCACAUAAACCCUGCCACUCUAAUGCCAGAGGAGGAGAAGCAUAAUCUCCUGGACAACAUUGAAGUAGAAGCAGAGGAAGAGGAGAAGAAACCUUGAGUGAGGAUCGACUUGGCCAGCUCCUUUAAUUUCAGUUUGUUCCUAUUUGUUCAUGAACCUUGGUUUCUGUGUUAUGCUCUUAGCUUGGCCUGGUUUCCAGAUUUAUUUAUUUUAUACCCUUUAAGCACACAUGCAGUGGAAACAGACAUGUUUAAGGCAAUCUUUAAACCAAAACUGAGUUUGUUUGUGUACUGCUAUUCCAGAGAACGAGGUUGGUAGGAUGUGUCUUAAGCUCAUGUGAUAUGAUGUCAGCUGUCUGAUCUCUGGUUCAGGUUUGGGUGGUGAUAAGCUCACAGGGCGUAAACCAGCAUCCGUGCUAUCAGCUCAUUGUUUGCACACCAAACUCUGCUUCUGUGACCACAUGAGCAAGUCACUGUUGUUAAUCGCAACUCAUUUUGUGACUUGUUUUUAAAGAAACAAGUCACUUUUAACUGAGUACCUUUUCCUUACUAAAGGUACCAUGUUUUUUUUUUUUUAAAUACCAGCAGGACGCAUAGUCUCACCUUAAGGUCCUUUAGCAACUCUUCUAUAAAAAUCAUAAAAGUUUUAAACUUUCUGCAUUUAAAAAAGUAGUUUGACAGUUUAUGGAACAAUAGCAAUGACAGCAAUGUUUAUUUGUCCUCGUUCGGGCCCUGGGGGGGGCUCAACUUUCCUUAGAUAUAAAUGGGGGGACAGAGGGGAAUCUCUUAUUUUUUACUGUCCCCCUCAGUUAUUUUCAUACACUGUUCUAUCCAUAGCAGAUUCUUUUUUUUCUGCUGAAGUUGCAACUUUCUAUCCACCAGGAGUUCCUUAUUUUCUUUCGAAAUAAAAGCAGGUUUUUAUCCAAACAGAAAGCAAAGUGCGCUAAGGUUAAGACAGUGUCAUUAGCUUCAUUAGCACACUGGCUGACAUGAACACCAAAGCCUAGGGAGAAUAAAAUCACCUGAUUUGAUUGAAGACAGUAUAACACAGUGGUACAUUUUAGGUCUCAAGUUGUAUACAAACAUUAAAACUGAAUAAUUACAGUGAAAAGUUAAGAGCUCUUUUGGGUCUUGACCCUGGCAGGGAUCCCACUUUGCCAAAAAACCUAAAACAAAUAAAAACUAAACUAAAAUUAAAAAUUUUUGCAAAACAAAAACUAAACUAAAACUAAAACAGCAGUAAAAACGAAUUAAACAUAACUGAUAUGUAAAACAAAAGGUUAAAAACUAAAUAAAAAUUAAGCUAAUGAAAAAUCCAAAACUAUUAUAACCUUGUUCUGCACCCUGUCAAACCUGGGGUCCCUGCUUUCUACAGCUGAGAGGCAGAAUAUAUAUAGAUACAUAAUAUUUUGACAGAUUUACCCACAGUGGAGAAAUGUUGGGGAUUUUAAAUGUCUGACAAAAACAAAAUUACAUUUUAGACUAGUUUUAGUCAUCUUGACGAAAACAAAAUUUUCUUUUAGUCAGAUUUAGUCAUCAAAGAUCUGUUUUUGGCUAGUCUUAGUCUAGUCUUGCGCAGUGAAAAGUCAGUUGACAAAUAUUUUUAGUCGACAACAUUAUCACUGGGUAUCAUUAGUCCUAAUUGCUUGUUUUUUUUUUAGGAAAAAUGCAGAGAAUAACGAUAGUUUUGAAGUGUGCAUUUCUCAUCUCAAAUUAUACAAAUAGCAUUAAAAAACCUAACAAAACCCGAAGCUUUUACAGUUAUGCUUUCAAAAUAACUUCAUUUUUUCCAUAAAAUUAAAGUUUUUCUUCUUUCUUUAGGAGAAAGGUUCUUCUACAAACUUAACAGCCAUUUUGCAGGUAUUUUGUAAACCUUUCAAAUAAUACUUUAUACAAAAAUAAUUUCAGCCUUUAAUGCUGUUAUGUGAUUGCACAACCAGACAUCACAAUUGCAAUGAGAUCAGUUAUUAUUGAGUACAGAAGCAGAAGUGUAAAAUCUGAGAUGAUAAUGGCUCUGCACAGUGAGCUUUAAUAAAGUAAUGUAUUGCAGUCGCACUAUUAGUGAUUACUGGAAUGAAUUGAUGACCAAACUCUGAGCCAGAGAGAACAAACAAGCUCAAAGGUUUCCUUUUAAGCAAACGUGAACAAGACUGACACUGGUGGUCAUACACCAAUCAAAGAAAGGCUGGGGUGCUUUUCAACCUUGACCUCUUUUCUCCGAAUAUUCAGUUAAUCCUGAAAAUACAUCGGACAUUUGUGCAAAGUUUGAGGAAAACCCCUUAUUACACUCUUUAGUUACCUUGAGUUGAACAUGAGGCUUAAUAACUGCAGUCUUUGCCCUGUAACUAAUCUAUUCAUCUUUGAGUCAGAGUGAACAUUUUUGCAUAGUUAGAAAAAGUCCUUCAAGUUUUCUUGAGAUAACACAUUUACAAGAAUCCUUCAGACAUAUGACAGUACAUACAUAUGUACAAACAACCUGAGAACGAUCACCUGUGUGCAUGAAUAAAAAGGCAGGCUGGACCACUCUAAAUGAAGUCUGCAUACUGAUAAUGUUGGUGGUAAAAAUCUUUAAAAGCUACUAAAUGCACUUUAUGGUGAGAUUGAUUUGUCAAGGUAGGUUUUCCCUAGAAGGCUGCUUGGUGUCACUGAAACCUAAUAAAUAGAGAAAAUCCUGGGAAAUCAAAUAUGAAGACUGCAGGUUUAAAAGAUUAAUAUGAACAAACUGAGGGUUUUUGCUGGGCUGCAUCCAAGCUCUUAAUGUUCACCAAAAAAAGACUCUACUUGUAGCGCUUGUGUUUUUUUUCUCCAAAAUUGUACCCUCUUGCUGAAACAAUUUAUGUGAUGAAAACUAUAUGACAGCAAAUGCACAAUACUGACAUGAAUGAGUAUAUUUACUUAUAGAGGCUGGCAGUAGCCCUGCGAUCUCCUCCUGAAGGUAAGGAAAACCAUCACAUUUGGAUCAAAUGUCAUGGAAAGAUCUGAUUCUGCUAUUUUUAUUAGAUAAAGAAAGGAUGUUCAUGACUGUGUCUGCAGAAUGAUUAAAUCGUACCUUUUAUGUCUACACAUUCAGUAAUCAUCAACCCUUUGUCAAGCCCGGCCCUCCUCAGUUACUGUUAGAUGCUGGGCUCCCUCUCAUUUGAAUCACCGUGGGUGUCCAGAGUCUAAUCCAAAGCAGAUAUUUUUCUAUUUAACCUUUUGAUUACAAUGUGAAUAUCUUGAUUCAUUGUUGCAGACACUCCAAACACGCCUUUUAACCAAGCUGAAUUAACAAAAUUAAAGCCACAGCUUCACCAUGAUGCACUAAAAAGUCUGCAAAAGUCGGUCUAACUGGAAGGAACCCUGCACCGGUAUCUGACAGGGUCCGCUCUCCACCUCUUCUAAACUCUGAAUGUCACCACUGAAAGACUUUCGCUGUCCAUUACUGAGGCUCAUAUAUUGAUUGUCUUUCUUCACAGUGCCUCUGGCUGCUUUUGGGGCUCUAUAAGGAAGAAAAAUGAUUCUUUGACUAAUUUUGUGAGUUUCUGUUACUAAUAGUGGAGAAUGUAUGUGAAGUUGUUCAGAUUGUCUAUGCACUCUAAACGUGAGAUAAAGCACUGCUGUUACUGGACUGAUGAAAAAGUUCAGUGUGUGCACAACUCAUCAUCAAUACAUCCCCACUAAGUCAAAAAUAAGUUUAAAACAUUUUAAAAGAAUCUGCACUGAAACGUGAAUGCAGUGAAACUGUUUGACAGUUUUUCACGUGGUGGUUUGUGAGGAAUCUACGGAGGAGUGUUAGGGUUGAGCAUGUGAGAGAAAAAUGAGAGGAUGUUUUCUUUUAUUGUGAAAGAUGAAACGAGAAUAGAAUUCAGAUGCCCCUAAAAGGUAAAAGAGCACAAAUUUUGACCUGAUUCUCAUCAUGUCGGCUUUUUUUUCUUCCAAAAUAUGUACUUUUUCCUCAAUAUCGCCACAUAUUUUCCCAGCAUUUUCACUUUUCUCCCUGAGAUCGACAUUAUGUUCAACAUAUUGACCUUUCUUUUCUCACUUUGACAUUUUAUACUGACAUACAUUGACUUUUCCCUCAAUAUCACCACAUAUUUUCUCAACAUUUCAACUUUUUCUCCACAUUUUGGCCUUAUCCUCAUCAUUUCAGCUUUUUUCUCCAAAGUUUUGACUUUUUCCCCAACAUUGACUUUUGUUCUUAAUAUUUUUACUUCUCAGCAUUUUUUCCCUUGACAUUUUGACUUUUUCCUCAUCAUAUCAGCAUUUUUUCUAAUCACUUCCACUAUAUCAGCAUCUGCUUUUUCCUCAGCAUUGUUACUCUCCGUGACUUACUUUUUGUCUCCUCAUUUUAGCCUUUUUUUCUCCAAACACUUUGACUUUUCUCAACAUCUCACCUUUUUUAAACCAAUAUUUCUACCCCUGAACAAUGGCUGUUUUGUUGACAUUUUUGCUUUUGCUCAAAAAUAUUUCUACCUUCUUAAAGACUUCUUGUCUUUUCCCAAAAUUCUGACUUUUCCCCCUAAGAUCAGAAUAUUUUGUUCUGACCUUUCUUGCAAGAGUUUGACAUUUUAAAUAAUGUGAAUUGACUUUUUCCUCAUCGCCACAUAUUUUCUCAACAUUUCAACUCUUUGUCCACAUUUUAGCUUUUUCUCAAAAUUCGGCCUUAUUCAUGCCAUUUCAGCCUGUUUCUGAAGUUCUGGCUUUUCCCCUCAACAUAACUACAUUUUAUCUCAAUAUGUUGACUUUUCUCUCAACAUUUUAUUUUUUCUUAGACAUUUUUAAUUUUUCUUGACAUUUUGACCCCUUGCCCCUCAAGUUUUUUUUCCUUCACAUUUCUGCAUCUUUUCUCAACAUUUCCUCUUUGUCAGCAUCUGCCUUUUCUCAGAAGUUACUUUUUGUGAGAAUGUCACAUUUCUUUCUUCAUUUCAGCUUGUUUUUCCAACACCUAAACUUUAUUCUCAUUUUUCAUUAUUUUCCCCUGACAUUGUGACUUUGUUAUUUUAGCUUUUAUCCCAAAAGCCUGACUUUUGUAUUUGCAAUUCAACAGUUUGACUUUUUCUCAACCUCACUACUUUUCAAAAAUUUUCUACCGUUUUCUUGCCAUUUAAUUUUACCCAACAUUUUGACAUUUUGUUGACAUCUAAACUUUUUCUAAUCAUUUCAGUAACAUAAUAAAUAAAACCUUCCUGCUCUCAUUUUUCCUUUUUCCUGCCCGACUUUUAAUACUCCUCCAGCUGGUCAAAAGAAAGUACAUUUUGUUAAAAAGUAGUGUUUUGAUUCAUCAAUUCAAAUUGAGCUCAGCUGUUUGUAUUUUUUUCAAAUUUCAUGCAGAACACCCUGAAAUCGUCCUGCUUGUGAACCUCAGAGCAGCUGAAGUGAUUUUGCCUCCCUGAGGUUCAGUUAAUCUGCAGAAUGCAUGAUGUACUGUGAUAGAAAAGGUGCAUGUGUAGUCUAGCUAGUGAAUGCUCUGUGCUGUUUUACCAGCAAAGUAAACCAUAAAAAACUAGGAAGCUGCAUGAAGAGUCUAAACAGCUCAAACUGAAUUUGGAUCAGCCUCAUAUUCCUGAUUUAUCGACUGAAUUCAACACAACAAAGUGCUGUAGAUGAAAAUAAGUUAGCCUGUAAGGCAUGAUGUCAGAGUUGUUGAAGAAAACACAAAAAUAUAUUUUGAAUUCUUUGUUCAAAGCUGGUCGACUCGUGUUACUUUUUGAGACAUUUGUGAUCAUAAACUGUAUGAAGUACAGCUGGACUGUGUGACCAGAUCUAAAUCCUGCUGAUUAAAAGCUUUCCUUAUGACUAGAA